CCGAAUUGCCUUUCUUCGUUCGCGGGACGUGCGUGAGGUUUCCUAAUUCGGAUGAUCUCUUUUCCCUCCGCCUGCCCUGUUUAUGUUCUCGGGACUUUUUCUUGGGAAAUUUGGGCGGGCAAGGGUUCUUGGAGUUCCGUACGAAUUCGAGCUGUUCUUUUCUCUCUCUUUUUACCUUCCUUUCCUUUUUCCGGUAAUUUUUCUUCGGCAUUGCUCCAAUACCGAAGGUCCGAAGCUGCUGUCUCUUUCUCUAUAGUCGUAAGCGGAAAAAAAAAGGAAUAUUCUCUUUCUUCUUAUAUGUGAAUUUCCCCAGUUCCCCCUCUUUGUUAGAAAUUUGACACAAGUUCUUCGGUGUUUGUGCGACGAGCAGCAGAGAACAGGGGGUGGAGUAUUCCUCGCCGCCGCUGCACGGCACGCGCGCGCUGUUGAUUUAUGUCGUCCGCACUGCUCCAGCUUCAUGGUUCUGAGCUCCAGUCACCAGCCUCCUCUUUCUCUCUUCUCCUCCAGCCUUGGCAGAGGGGCGCCAGAGCCUAUUGGUUUCGCUUCAGGAUCUCUAGAUUUGGAUUUGCGGUCAAGUACUCUGGGUUCCUGCAUACGAGUUGAAGAAUCCCUCAGAUAACAAGCAAUCUUGGUUUGGUUUGGGUGGAUUGUGUUUGGCACCCCUGGAUUGUAUUUGGUAUCCCUCCUCUAAGUUCAACAGUUGGCCUGAAUUUUAAUUUCUGAGACAUCUUUGGCAAAGAAAACUUAUCUCCCUUUCUCCAUCUCUGUUCAGAAGUUAAAAGAGAACCAUCUUUCUGAUUUGGUAAAUUCGUUACUCAAGUUGUAGGCAUACCUUACUUGAUUGCUAUUGCGUGGGAUCUGGAUGUUGCGCUACAAGAAGGUCUGCAUUUUCUGCUGCGAUCCUGAUGCAACUGAUUCCUCCGAUGAUGAGGAUGAUCAGACCUCCAAGAAAGAAAAGAAAAUUAUAAGAGAGGUUCUAGUUCCCUUAAGGAAAUAUAAGACCUUGAGACCUCUAAAAGCCAUUAUGCCAUGUCGAAUAAAGGAUCUGAAAAGUCCAGAAAGGAAGGUACCAUUGAGCAGGUACCGUGGUGUGCGCCUGCGGGACUCUGGUCGGUGGCAAGCAGAGAUUCGCAAUCCUUUCACAAAGAAACGAGACUACAGUUUACAUGACACUGAGGAGGCUGCUGCUGCAACAUAUCAGGCAAAAUGGUUCCAGUUCCACGCAGAGAUGCUGGCAAUAAAAGCUCAAGAGCCUGUGUCAAAACAUGCAGCUUUGUCCAGCUCAUCCUUGGUUUCCUGUGCCUCUUCAUCUGUGUUAUGCAAGCAGAGCAUACAAGAAGUGCAGCAGAAUGGAGGAGUAUCCAUGGAAAUUUCAGAGGACGAACUUCUCCACCAUGAACCUAUGGAUCAAAGCUUACUGAACUUCUCCACCCCUAUGGAGACUUCAGGGCAUGUCAUGCUAAACUGGAAAGAUGAGCUUCCUUUCAGUGACUCUGUCAGCCCAACUGAUGAACCCCCACUCGACGAUCUCACCAGACUGGAAGCUAUGUUCCCUGUCAGUGAUUUUAUUGAUGCUACAUACGAGCCACUGGAUGAUGAAUAUAUUGGCCUGGCUGACAUUAGCCACCUGCCUCUUCAAUUCAAGGGCCCAGAGUUCGAUCUGGAUGCAGAGCUUGAUUGGAGUGGGUUCGACUUCGUUUCAAUGGAAAGUGAACUCGAGUUACUAUGAGUUUGCAUCAGAAAUGCCUCCUACUGAAACCUUGGAUGCAACCUCUUUUCAAUGGAAAAUGAAUUCGUGUUACUGUGAGGUUGCCUCAGAGAUAGUUCCGAUGAAACCUGCUCUUCACAGUGUUCAAUUCUGCCAAAACCUGCUGCUGAUGCUGUUAUCUUCUGCUGAAACCUGCUUUUGGUGGUGUUUAUUAUGCAGGAACUUGCUCUUGAUUCUGACUUGAGCUUUAGAUUUCAGUUUGUUGGGUGCAUGUUGGUGGGAUGUGGUGAGAAGUUAACCUAUGAGUUUUGUCUGGGACUGUCCUAGAGUAACUUGCCUGUGUGUGCUAACUGCUAGUAUCUAACUAGUUCUAACUUCAGAGCUGAUGCUGAUGAAUCAGCUGUGCAAGCCGGCAGCCUGUUGCAUAUUUUGGCAUGUAUUUCUAACUACAUCUGUACGUGAUAUGUUUGAUGUUUCCGCCUGUAUGCAUGUACCUGUAAGAUUUCAUUGCUAA